AGAAUAAAAGAAGGAAGGAAAACUGAGAGUGGGUUGUGUUUGGUGCAAAGAAGCGAAGCGAGGGAGUGCGAGAGAAGUAGAGAAUGUUCAAGAAGGCGGUGGAGGCGAAAUCUCACCAGAGGCUCUCUGGUGCGGACAGAAAGAAGCUCAGACGAAGCAUUAAGGACAAAUUCCAGAGGGUUUCUGAUUCCGACUUAGACGCCUUGCUUCCUCCCAAGGCAGAGAUUGCAGUGGCCAAGUUUCAAAACCGUGUUCAUGUGUAUGCUGUGGAGGGAGGCUUUCCGAUGUUCUUCGACGUUGAUGGUCGCGGCUCUGACAUUUUUCCAACAGUUUAUGCACUGUGGAUUGUCCCUGAGCUGCUGCCUGCGUUCGUGCUCAAGGGUGGUGAGGUGUCCCGGUUUGUUAUCGGAGGCGCAGACUUGAUGUUCCCAGGUAUAACGGUGCCUCCCGAAGGUCUUCCUUCGUUUCGAGCAGGGGAGCCUUGGGCCGUCAAAGUACCCGGAAAUCCUGCUCCUAUUGCAGUUGGGAGUACCACCAUGAGCAGCGAUGAAGCAUUGAAAGCUGGAUUGCGUGGAAAGGCGCUAAGAAUAACUCAUUACUAUCGUGAUUUGCUUUGGGAAUCUCCCGAAGGCUGUUAUGUGCCUAAUGCAGGUUUUUUCGAAGAUGUUGUGUUUGAGGAUCCUUCUUCGUUACAAGCUUCUUGUGAUUCCGAUUCGACUGAUGUUACUGGUGAGACAUCAACUGAUCAACAGAACAACCAAAAAAGUGACGAAGUGGUGGAAUCUCUGGAUGUGAAUGAGUUACAACAUGAUUCCGCCUCUGGAUUGAUAUCACCGGAUGAUGGUGAAAAUGAUGCUGCAACUGGAGUAACUGAAGGCAUGGCCGAUUUGAAGUUACCGGAUACUGCGUCUGGUAAUGACCCUAACGACCAACAGACUCUAUCAACUGCAGAUAUAGAUUCCCUGUUAGAUAAGUGCCUUCUUCAAGCUUUGCACACAACAGUGAAGGACAAAGACCUUCCAUUGCCUGGAAGCACUCUAUGGUCGAACCAUGUAUUACCAUGUAGACCUUCAGGAAUUACUUUGGAUAUCAAGAAAUCUUCCUACAAAAAGUUAUCUAAGUGGUUACAAUCAAAAUCCACCUCCGGCUUGAUAUCAGUGAAAGAAGAUAAACACAAAAAGGAAGUCAUACUGUUUACAGUAAACCGAAAGCAUGCCGAUUAUUCAUCCUUUAAGCCUGAAAAAAUACGAGUUGAGAAAAGUGAGCAGCCUAGUGUUCAGUCUGCUAAUGAAGUUCGUACGUCCAAAACUCUUGAAGUGGCCGAAAUCUACAAGCCAAGUGUACAUGUUAAUGCCAUAUUUUCAGCUGUAGGAGCUGACCCAGGGAAACUUUUUAGUGCUUCUGAAGCUACCGAUAUUGUCUUCACAUAUGUUGAAAAAGAAAAUCUUGUUAAACCAACAAAUAAAUCCAUUGUGAUUCUUGAUGCACUGUUAUGUGAUUCACUGUACAAGGGGGCUAUUAAAAAAGGAACAACUUAUCCUACAGAAAUUCACAAGAAGGAUUUAGGAUCAACAUUUGUGAGCCGUAUGCAGCCUCACCAUGUUGUAACCAGAGGGAAUGAAUCUGUAGUUCGUAAAGGUGCACUUAAAACGAUUCAGUUAUUGACAGAACGACGGCAAGGCAACAAGAAGGUAACCAAACUCUCGGGUAUGGAAAGUUUUCUUAUAGAUGCUGAAGCAUUGGCGUCAGAACUGCAGAAGAAGUUUGCAUGCAGUACCUCUGUCGCAGAACUGCCAGGUAAAAAAGGGCAUGAAGUUUUGGUUCAAGGAGGAGUUAUCGAUGACUUAGCUAGGCAUUUGAUUGAACAAUAUGGAGUUCCAAAGAGAUACAUUGAAGUUCUUGAUAAAACCAAGAGAUGAGCUACCUACGAUGCUUUUAUUUAACGCUGCUGGGAGUACUUUACUUGGAUGCCUGUAGAUGUAUGUUCUGUAUGUUUCGCACCCUGGUUUAUUGGGUUGAUUGAGAUUAGUAUAAAUGGAGCGAGCAAAGAAUAGAAAUGGACAAAACACAAAUGUUCUUUCCGAUUCAAAAAAUUGCUGUUUUCAAGUUUAUUGUGAAACUCUGAAUGGAGGAUGCCACCAUUCAGAUCAACGAACUUGAUCAGUCGAGCCAACAUUCACAUUGUUUUCACUCUUCGAUCUGUAAGCUAUAGACUGAACUCUCCCUGUGGUCUUUGA